CAGCGGGUAGCAGGAAGAGAACACCGAACAGAGACUCCAAGCAAGCGUCUGUGAACAGUGGUGAACAGCUGGCUUGUUAUUGCGCUGUCGCCGUGGCCGUCCUACAACGGGCUAAACGUCACCAAACACCUCGAAUCGUGAGUCCCUGUCCAUUCCUCCCUUGUCCCUGUUACAAACGAGAAGCAGCCAGAGGGGUGGGGCUGUGGGAGUGGUGGGUGGAGUCAACAUUCAUGCUCACCUGCCGGAGCUCCUCAUGGACAAGGGAGGAUCCGAGAGGGGCGUGGCGGAGGGGCGCGGACAGUGGGGGAGCGCAGACCUCCGCGACAACAUGGAGCACGUCUCCAUUAUAAGCCUGCGGGGCUCCGACGAGAAUCAGAACCUUCUCCCACAGGGGAGGGAGAGGUCGGCUUCUGAGGAUUCCGUCAACAACAACGAGGAGCAGGAGACGGACAACACCUUCAGGGGCCACUCAGGAGCGCAGGAACCCGAGACGGUUUCGAGAGAGACCGUAGGCUCCCCUGAGAGGAGUCCACAGAGGACCAGUGAGUCAGGCAGCACAGGAGUCUCAGAGAGCUGCUCGUCUGUGUGCCCUGUAGCCAGGCCCCCAUCCCUCGGCCCGAGCACCCCUGGACCCAGCCCCGCCCUGCUGGCCUCCCUGCAGGAGCUGGGGGAACACAGCGACCACACCCUCCUCCCCCAGUCCUUACACCAGAUUGCUGAGGCAUACUUCCUGGAGGAAGAUUAUGAAUGGGCGGUUCACUUUAUCCAGCUGGAGAGACUGUAUCAUGAGAGACUGCUGUCCAACCUCGCCGCCCUGCAGGAGCACUGGGAGUCCCGAUGGAAGGCCGCCGUCCGCCAGGACCGGAACUCCAAGGGGAGGGCCCGCGCUGACCGGGGGACGGAGAACCUGGACGCACUGAACCACAUCUGCAGGACGCACCAGAGAUCCUCCCUCAGUGUGGAAAAGUGUGCGGCCGUGGACAGAGGCCUGAAGAACUGCCUGCUUUCGAGGAGGGCGGGCGGCGGGGAGAGACGGGACGCCACGCUGCUUCCGCACAGUGCAGAUAGCGUCGCUGAAUCACCGGCGCUGACAGCAUCACUGAAUCAGCCUCCGGACAUGGACGGCACUCUCAGCCCCCCUGACGACACACCAGGAAGGACAGAGGAGAAGGACAGUACCGGGCAUGGCCACCAGGGGGAGGCGGCGCUCCCCGCUGAGCCCUCCCCCCGGCUCCGGGACACGCCCACUCCAUCUGUGACUGAUAAGUGUGGCCGCGUAGGCGGGGACGGAAAGGGUCUGCACUCUGCAGCGGCAACAGCAGCAGUAGUGGAGCCUCGCUCUGGUGCAGAGCCAGAGGGCUUCCCCAGGGAGCCGCUGAUGGACGCAGCCGUGCAGCGGGCUGGGGAGGGGAGGGCGGAUCCCGCUGAGCCUCUCUCUGAGCUUCAGCCUGCCGCUGCGCGCGGUGCCCUGGGGGGAGGCGGGGGGACGGAACUGGGCGGCCCCGGAGAGGAACCGACGACACGGCCGGGGCGGGAGGAGGGGGACGGGGGUUCUGCCGGGGACAGGGACAGAGCAGAGUCAGAGCGUGGUCCUCUUCCGGCCGGGGAGAUGAGUCAGCCGGAGCCAGAGGAGCUAGAGCCCGGAGAGGGAGAGGGAGAAGAAGGAGAGGAGGAGGAAGAGGAGGAGGAAGAUGAGGUCAUUGAUGGGGACGUCCUGGAGUGCGAGCUGGAGGAGGAGGAGGAGGAGGAGGAAGAGAUGGGGAAGGUGGCAGGUGUGGGACAGGACUCUCUUGAUGACCUGGCCAAGCGCAUACAGGUGGAGGAGAUCACUCCAGCUGAGGGCCUGGUCUCCAUCCUAAAGAGGAGGACUUCUCUGGAGGAGGACACCUCCCCUCAACCUGACCCCCCGAAACGAGUUUCCAAACGCAAAGUCCGCUUCAAGGAGCCGGAUGAUGGCCUGGACCAAGACGAGGUGAGCGGAGACUCCUGCCUCAUCCUCCUGCUGCUGUGCCUGGUAACCGUGGUGAUCAGCGUGGGCGGGACCGCGCUUUACUGCAGCCUGGCGGACGCCGAGUCCAGCGUGUGCACCGAAUUCUCCCAGAACGUGGACUUCUACCUGGGCCACGUGCGGCGCGGGGUGGAGGGGCUCAGACACUGGUUCCCCCCCGGCUCGUAGCGGCUCGCGUCGGGGGCCCGCGGGAGGGAGGGGGAGACCGACCCCUGGGGGGGGGUCCUCGCUUCGAUCGGAUCCCCUCGCCACCCUCCUGUUCCCGCGACGCCGGCCCUCUGCCCUGGGAUGACAGAUGCCCUGUGUGCCACUUUGGCAGAAACACUGCGUAAUUCAACCCUGGCUGUAAUAUCCGCCCACCAACACAUGGAGCCACUGGGCCAAGGUCUGUCUUAAAUCUCCUACCUUCAAGCUGCUCGCCAAGUGCCAGACAGGAUGUAACACAGGGAGUCGCCGUAGAGGGUGCCUCUGGGAAAAGAAGUGGGUUUUAUUGCGCCGGGAGGCCGUCUCUCUCUCCCUCCGGAUGGCUGACAGAGACCAGCGGUCCAUGAGACCGUGGAGCUGCCAGGUUCUGCAGACAGCUGCUGAUGACGAUCACUAGAUCAGGCAAGAACACCGGUGCCGCCAUUUUAAAUUCCCCUCUGACUACUGCCGUUAGCGCUGAAGGCGAACACCAAAAAAAAAAAAAGACAAAAUGGCAAAAAUACAUAAUUCCAAAUGCUGCAAUUUUGGAAAGAAGUCUUAACUUUUUAAUAAUGAAUUUGUAUGGGAUGAGAUGUCUUUUACUUUACUGUUUUUGCUUUCCUUUUUUUGAGGAGGGUAAUCAUUGCAAAGGAAAGGCAUUAUUGAUCGGGGAAGUUAAAUAUAGGCUAAGCUAAACGUAGCAUCGCUUUGUACCGCAGGGACAGGAAAGCAAUACGUUUGAUUGUUUCUGGAACUAUUCAGGAAAAAAAGAUUGAUUUUGGUGGGUGAUGCCGAAUAUGUAUUUGUCAGAGGAUACUAAAUGCACAAGCAUGCUCGUCAGAUUUACAAAUCAAUUACUUUUACCUUUAAUGUUGUUACAAUUACUGUUGUCAAAUUCUCCCCUGAUUGGUGAAUAUGUUCAAUUUUUAAUGUGUUGCUAUUUUUGUAUUUUAUUUUGGUUUAAUCUCUUACCAGUGGUGACUUGGCUCUAUAGAAAAUGCACUGAUGUCAGUUUUAUACUUUUUUUUUCAUUCAGGGUACUCUCCACUUGAUUAUCCAUAAAAUACAAGACCUUUAUUGUAAUGGUUAGUGUUAUUGGGGCAGCAGAAGUCUAUAGGUAUAACCUCUUUUCAGAAGAGGAACAGUUAUAUAGUAUUGCAGGAGGUCAUGUAGAGGGCAAACAAGCCAGAGGGAGAUUUAUAGCUGUGUUUCUCAUUUUUAUUUUCCUGUGUCCUCUGGCUGGCUCAGGUGACACACUUGCUCAUUAUGUUGGCAAUAUUUAUUUUGUGUAUUGUGGUGGGAAAAGAGCAAAAUGCAAACGGGACAUUUUUAUUAAAUUGAAAAUUAUGUGCAUGUUUUUUUUUUCUCUUGUACUGUUUGAACUUGAUGUCGUUACUGUAUUCUAGGAUUUUAUUUCAUCAUACAUGUGCAAUUUUUCUCAGGUUACUUUCCAUUUCACUUGCUUAGGCUAGGUUAGGCUAGGUUAUUCUCAUUACUCUGAAAGAUGAUUAAAGUAAAAAUGCACCAGUUACAACGCCGAUAUAGUAAACAGAAAUAAAAAUGGCAAAUGAUGAACAGUCACCAAUGCACUAACUUCAAAACAUGUAAAGAACUCAUUUUGUAUUAUUAUUUUUCGUAAUACAUUAGGUAGUACAAGGAACAAUAGAACUACCGUGCAAGAGUAGUAUGACCAUCCUGUUAGCAUAUUUUCAACUACAUCUGCAUAAGAUUUUUUUCUAACUUGCUUAAAAUGAGUUCAUACCUGAUGAUGUGUUCUGUUAGAACAUGCUCUCCUGUGAAAUCUGCUUUGCAGAAUUUUAUAUUAUUGAAGUUUGCCUUCAGCAAAGAAAGAAAUGAAAAGCUAUCUGAUAAAACACUUUUAUGAACCCAGUAGUUAUUUUUGACGUGAAAAAAAUGUCUAUAGGAGCCCUGAACGUCAUUUGCAUUUUCAUUUUAAAGACAAAUCGUGUUGUCUAAAAUGUGUACCACUUCAAGGUACUGUCGGCCUUAUGGUUUUAUGUGUACCACUUGCAGGUGCCGUCAACCUUAUGGUUUUCCUUUUUAAACUAUUUAGCUGUACUGUGUAUCUCAUUUACUGACAAAUGUUAUGUCACCUCAUUUUAAUGUGUUAUGUUUUCUUAAGUUGUAAAAU